AUGGUGGCGUAUCAAUCGGGGCUGAGCUUCACCGUGCGCUCCGGCGAGUGCUUCGGCCUGCUAGGCGUUAACGGCGUAGGAAAGACCACCACCUUCCGCGUGCUGACGGGAGACAUUCUUCCGCACGACGGAGACGCCCUGGUCUCCGGUUUCUCCGUCGUUAAGCACACGCACAUGUAUCGGCGGUACCUCGGCUACUGCCCGCAGCGAGAUGGCCUGCUCGACAUGCUGACUGGCACCGAGACUCUGCAGUUGUUCGGGCGCCUCAAGGGCAUCGCCAUCACGCCCCAGUACCUGCACGUGUUGCUGCACAUCUUCCGACUUCAGGACAUCGCCGAACAGCUCGUCGUGACGUUCAGUGCUGGCAACCGGCGCAAGCUCUCCCUCUGCGUCUCGAUGAUGGGAAUGCCCCGGAUGCUGCUGUUGGACGAGCCGUACGCCACAAUCGCCACCGCCGCGCGAAAGCGAAUCGUCAACUACAUCAACGCCCUGCAGCGGGUCAGCAAGAUGUCCAUACUGCUCAGCUCGCACAGCCUGUCGGACGUCGAGUUUCUGUGCAACCGGAUCGCCAUCAUGGGCGAAGGGCGUCUCCAGUGCCUCGGCUCGCUCGCGCACCUCAAGGAGAAGUUCGGCAAGGGUUACACCAUCAGCGUCAAGACUUAUCCGGACAGGAAGCAGGACUUCGGGUACCAGCAGGAUGUCGCCGACGCGGUGAUCAAGGUCUUCCCGGAAGCCGAGAUGGUCCACACUUGCGAGGGUCUCCUGGAGUUCCGGAUGUCGCGGGUGCAGAUGCAGUGGAGCGAGAUGUUCAUGCGCAUGGCACGCAUCAAGCAGCGCUUCAAGCUCCAGGACUUCUUCAUCUCGGACACCUCGCUCGAGCAGAUCUUCACGAGCGUGACGCGAAAGGAAGCGUUCGAGGCUGCCGCCGCAGCCGCUGCUCCAGCAGCCGCUGGCGUACUGCCACCCGUCCUGGGCACGACGCUGGGAAUAUGAACGGCUGCCCCCGUCGGUCGUGCGCGCUUGCCUGGACACUAAAGCGCCGCUCGCAAGCAGGACGCGCUGUGUCGACGCACCGAGAAGAUUGGCCUCCCGUCGGGUCGAGCAAAUAUAUGUCGGCUGACAGUAAAAGAAAUGUGUGGGCGUGCCGGAUUUGCCACACUUCCCUGCCCAUGCACUGGCUCGUACAUCAUAUGCCGUGCUAUGCCAGCGUGGUUAGGAAAGCGCGAAGGCAACAAAAGAACAAUGGACGAGCGUUCUUCUGUCGUCUUUUUCUCUUCGCGCUUUCCUAACCCUGAAUGCACGCCACUUGGUCAUUUUGAAGUGCGG